AAGAAAAAUAAUCUUCCAUCUCUUUCUGUUUCGUUUCGUUUCUUCUAUUUCACCUUCCAUUCUCUCCUUCCUAUUUUCAAAUCAAAUCACUUAUACAAUAUUGUCACAAAUCUGACCAAGGCAAAGCAAAACAUUGUCAAAAAUCUCACACAAUUAUCACAAAUCUGACGAAGUACGUGAAAUAUUUUUAUAUACAAAUCUGAUUAGACACAGGUAAUUAAAACUUUGUCAUGAAUCUGUUGAGAAUAGGCAAAUGAAAAUUUGUCGCAAAAUCUGAUCAUAAAGGCAAAGACUUCGUCACAAAUCUGACGAAGGGAAAGGAAAAAAUAAUCCAAUUUACGUGCCAUGGACGAGCUAGAAUUCAGACGACUUCUUGAACGCUUCCCAAUCGUCCGAUUUCGAGAUUAUCAUAUUGAUAACGACACAACAAAAAGAUCAACCUCUCAUUCAAUAGAGAAGGAGGAGGAAAGGCAAUGGAAAGAGACAUGGAGUAAGGGACAUAAACCAGAGACUGGAAUUCAAGCAAUGCAUCGUGGUGGUGCAUUUUGGGGCAAAGUGAGAGAAGCUGCUGAGAAAAAGGUCUUGAAGGAAAAUCUUCUUGCAGCUUUAUGCACUCAAUCAGGAGUCCGAUAUGAUCCUCAUGAGGAAGUGGUGAUGGCGGCUGCCCGACAUAUUGCUGAUGAGAGGCAGGCUUCAAGUGGUGCAGGUCCAUCUCAUAUACCCCGCUCGUCGGCCUAUGCAUCAUCAUCAAUACCGAACCGAAUGACAUGUGUUGAGGAGGAUUUGGAUCACAUACGCCAUUUUCAAGCCUAUCAGGUGAAGCACAAUCAAGCAAUUGCUGAAAUGCUGCGAACUAUGGCACUUCACCAUGGAAUGAACAUGAAUAAUUUUCCUAGUUGUCCGUCAUAUAUGCCCCCAAGGGACAAGGCAGUGCUCGACGAUGAUGACGAGGACGACGAUGAUGAUGAUGAGGACGAGGACGAUGACGAGGAGGAUGAGGAGUAAACAUACCCUAUUCAGGAGUGCUUCUUUUUCCAAUACACAUCCCUGCCUUGAAAGAAAAAAAAUUAGCGUGAAAGAUCAUUUUUGUUAGUUUUGAUUGAUAAAUAGCCUGGAAGAUCUCUAAGUGUUGCAUCUCAAGGCAAAAUUUUCAGUAUCAGUCACAAUGUUAUAGUUGUUGUGGUGGCAAGAGAAAGGGAAUACAACAGUAGUCCUUCCCCAUCCUUUUCCCUUUUCAAUUUUGUAUAAACCUUUUUGGUCCAAGGGGGGAAGAUACAACAAGUGAGGAACUCUGUUUGGUAGGGAAGGAGGUGCCAAAAAUUAUGAAUAGCACCUCCAAUCUUGUAAAAUUAUGUAACAAUUUUGAUGAGGAAAAUUGUUCUUUUU